AAAAUGGAAUGCUCCACCUCUGAGAUCACGAAAAUAUCCGAGAUUUGCUGCGAGAUUUGACACGUCAGUUCAACCAACACGUCGCCCGGUGGUCCACGAUGCCUCUCAGACUUGAUAUAAAGCGCAGACUGUCGGCACGGUCAGACCGUGUCAAGAGUGUUGACCUUCACCCAACCGAGCCAUGGAUGCUGGCUAGCUUGUACAAUGGAAACGUUCACGUCUGGAACCACGAAUCCCAGACCCUGGUCAAGUCGUUUGAAGUUUGUGACUUGCCCGUCCGAGCAGCAAGAUUCGUCCCACGCAAGAACUGGGUUGUUGCUGGUUCGGAUGAUAUGCAGAUCAGGGUCUUCAACUACAACACCUUGGAGCGAGUGCACGUCUUUGAGGCUCAUUCUGAUUACAUCAGGUCUAUCUGUGUCCAUCCAACCCAGCCGUACAUACUCACAAGCAGUGAUGACAUGUUGAUCAAGCUGUGGGAUUGGGACAAGAAGUGGAAUUGUGCCCAGGUUUUUGACGGCCACACUCACUACGUCAUGCAGAUUAUUAUCAAUCCUAAGGACAACAACACCUUUGCCAGCGCUUCACUUGAUAGAACAGUCAAGGUGUGGCAGCUUGGGUCCAGCACCCCCAACUUCACCCUGGAGGGUCACGAGAAGGGGGUGAACUGUGUGGAUUAUUACUGCGGAGGGGAUAAGCCCUACUUGGUGUCUGGGGCCGAUGACAGGCUGGUCAAGAUAUGGGAUUAUCAGAACAAGACUUGCGUCCAGACGCUGGAGGGCCACGCCCAGAAUAUCUCCUGCGUCAGCUACCACCCAGAGCUUCCCAUCAUCAUGACUGGAUCGGAAGAUGGGACUGUGCGUAUCUGGCAUGCAAACACAUACCGUCUGGAGACAACGCUGAAUUACGGAAUGGAAAGGGUGUGGGCUAUAGCCAACAUGAAAGGAAGCAACAACAUAGCGCUGGGUUACGAUGAAGGAAGCAUCAUCAUCAAGCUUGGUCGUGAGGAGCCAGCCAUGUCCAUGGACUCCAGCGGCAAGAUCAUGUGGGCCAAGCAUGCUGAGAUACAACAGGCUAACCUCAAGACCAUGGGAGACUUGGAAAUCAAGGAUGGGGAGCGUUUACCCCUAGCCAUCAAAGACAUGGGCAGCUGUGAUGUCUUCCCACAAACAGUCUGCCACAACCCCAACGGCAGGUUCGUGGUGGUUUGUGGUGAUGGGGAGUACAUCAUCUACACGGCUAUGGCGCUCCGUAAUAAGAGCUUUGGAUCAGCGCUGGAGUUUGUCUGGUCACAUGAUUCAUCCGAGUAUGCAACCCGCGAGAGCAACACUCUGGUGAAGAUCUUCAAGAACUUCAAGGAGAAGAAAUCUUUCAAGCCAGAGUUUGGUGCAGAGGGUAUUUGUGGAGGAAACCUGCUGGGUGUUCGUUCAAGCAGUGGUCUGGCAUUCUAUGACUGGGACUCCACGGAACUCGUCCGAAGAAUUGAGAUCAUUCCAAGACAGGUUUACUGGUCAGAUAGUGGUGAUCUCGUCUGCAUAGCAACGGAUGAGUCGUACUUCAUCCUGAAAUUCAGCACGGAGGCCGUGGCCAAGGCACAAGAAUCCAACGAAGGAAUAACGGAAGACGGAAUCGAAGAAGCUUUUGAGGUUGUCGGAGAGAUAGAAGAGAUAGUCAAGACAGGUUUAUGGGUGGGUGAUUGCUUCAUCUACACCAACUCGCUCAACAGACUCAACUACUACGUAGGAGGCGAGAUCGUCACCAUCUCACAUCUGGACAGAGUGAUGUAUCUCCUUGGUUACAUCGCCAAGGACAACCGCCUCUACCUUGGCGACAAGGAGCUCAACAUCGUCAGUUACUCCAUCCUCCUAUCGGUCCUGGAGUACCAGACGGCCGUCAUGAGACGAGACUUUGAGACUGCGGAUAAGGUCCUCCCAACGGUGCCUCGGGAGCAGCGUACCCGGGUGGCUCACUUCCUGGAGAAACAGGGCUUCAAGUCGCAGGCGCUGGCCGUGUCGUGUGAUCCCGAGCAUCGGUUCGAGUUGGCGUUACAACUGGGAGAGUUGAAGACAGCUUAUGACUUGGCUAUGGAGUCAGAGGUCGAAACCAAAUGGAAACAACUGGCCGAGCUAGCGACAGCCAAGUGUGAGUUCCGUCUUGCCCAGGAAUGCUUACACAAGGCCCAGGACUAUGGGGGUCUUCUCCUAUUGGCUAGCUGCUCCGGUAAUGCGGACAUGGUCGGCAAGCUUGCCGACACCGCUAAUGAGAAGGAUAAGAACAACGUUGGGUUCCUGGCCUACUUCAUGCAGGGAAAGCUUGAAGAGUGCCUUGCACUGCUGUGUAAGUCCGGUCGCUACCCUGAAGCUGCUUUCUUUGCCAGGACCUACAUGCCAAGCAAGAUAUCCGAGAUUGUGACACUGUGGAAGGAAAGCCUGGGUAAAGUCAACAAGAAGGCUGCGGAGGCGUUAGCCGACCCCACUCAAUACGAGAACCUGUUUGUGGGUCUCAAGGAGGCCUUCAAGGGAGAGGAGUACCUCAAGGCUACGAAGAAGAGUUACCCAGCCAGAGCGUACCCUAAGGUCCCGAGCAACUCUGAAAGAGAGGUCUUGGAAGAAAUGGAAGAGGCGGCAGCAAGUGGAACAUUCACACAGGACCAAGCGACGCCGGAUGAACCAGCGAUGGUCGAACCGGAGCAGGACCAACCAUCACCAGAGCCAGCAGCGACAAGCCAACCCCCAGCAGAGGCCAAACCCACGGCCCCGCCCACCCAAGCCCCGCCCUCCAGCACCCCUGACGAUGACCUGGAUCUUGACCUAGAUGACUUGAACAUCGACGAUAACCUCGACGCGGGGGACGUCAAUCUAGAUGAUGACUUCUUAGACGACUAGAGGAAAAAAUAGAUUCCUUUAUAAUGCUUAGUAAAUACAACAGUUAGUAGUCAUCCAAAACCAUGUGGGAUAUUGCGGAGUGCAUCGAGUCUGUUCCUGUUUGGCUUGUCAAAAAAUGUUUUCCUAAUGACAACUUUGGAAGAUUUAUGUGUUUCAAGUAUGUCUAGCACAGGAAUACAUUUCCAUACCUUCAAAAAUGCUCUGAAAAGUCGUAAAAUCCGAGUUCAAGACGUCUAAAAUCUUUUACCAAAAAUUUAAAAUAAGGAAAGAGUUUUUGUCCUCAAAAAAUGUGAGAAGCGAAUAAAAAAAUUGUCAAUACACAAUGC